AUGGCGCAGGGCACAAUGAAUUAUGAGAGAAUCAGUUAGUGUAGCUGGUCCAGCUCCUAAUUUUGACAUUUUGGUGCACAUUUUGCCCUCCUGUCUUCUGAACGAUCACUGUGCCCCGUUAAGACGAGGAUGAGUGCAGAAGCAGCGGACCGUGUGGCCGCUGUGACCAGCAGUCGGCCUGGCACGCCUCUUCAGACUUCCUGGUUUGAGUUUCUCCUCGACGACAGCCUGCUGGAGAAACACCUGCAGAAAUCAAACCCAGACCCAGCACCAGUGCAGCUCAUCAUCCAGUUCCUGGAGCAGGCGUCGAAGCCGUCGGUGAAUGAGCAGAAUCAGGUCCAGCCUCCAGCUGACAACCGUCGGAACCGCACAUUGAAGCUGCUUGCACUGAAAGUAGCUGCUCACAUGAAGUGGGAUCUUGAGGUGCUUGAGAAGGGAUUGACCAUUCCUGUGUUAAACAUGCUGCUGAAUGAACUCCUGUGUGUGAGCAAAGUGCCACCAGGGGUGAAACAUGUGGACCUGGACCUCUCUACUCUUCCUCCCACCACCGCCAUGGCUGUCAUCAUCUACAACCGCUGGGCCAUCAGAACAAUUGUGCUGAGCAGCUUUCCAGAGAAACAAACCAAACCUGGACCCCACCAGAUAAACAUGUUGAAUAUUGUGCAGCAGGAGAAAGAAAUGACUGAAAACAUCCUCACUGUGCUAAAGGAGCAGGCGGCUGAUUCCAUUAGUGUGCUGGAAGGAGCUGUGAGACUGAAGAAAGACUUCUAUGUUCACACCAUGAGGACUCUGGACCUGCUGGCCGCAGACACUGCUGCCAACGGAGAGACAGAGUCUUCGACCGCAGGGCUUCGCAUCAGCGCUGAUGAGCUGCACUGCCAGGUGCAUUAUGAUUUAGGAGGCAUUUUCUUCCAUCAAGGCUGCACAGACCUGCCAAUCUAUGAGAAGGCUCGGGAUCACUUCAGACAGACAAAGGAGCUUUUAAAGAAGCUAGACUCAACGGUUCAUGUUCACCUGGAUGAGAAGCGCCUGGCUGGAUACUGGAACGCCUGUAGAGCUUUGACUGGAGACUGUGACCCCUCUGACCCCCAGACGACACCCUACGACCAGAUUAACAGUCUGAUCCGGGCUCACAACUACCCGGCCGUCAUUGAAGCCUUCAUCAAAGACAACAUAUCGCGCAGUUUGCCAAACCACUUCAGGCGGUCUGUUCUCCGGGAGUUUUUGUAUAAAGUCCAACAAGGGGAAUCGGGCCUGGAUGAGGUGUGUCACAAACUCUGUGUCUGCAACGCCGUCCGCGACGCUCUGGAAGGAGAGAUCCUCAGCGUGCGUUUUCAGCAGCUUCUCCUUAAGCCUAGCAAACAAGUGGUGGACUUCAUUUUAGAGGUGUGCACACGCUCGCUGGAAAAAGACCGUCCAUCUGAAGCGUCCAGAAGAAACAUGGCUAAUUUCCUGAAGACUCUGUGUGAAAGUUUGGAGGACCUGUCUCUGGUGUUUGUGGUGUCAUCCCAUAAGCUCUUCAUGGAGCUGCUGAAGGAGGAAGAGAGGAAGGUCCUGGUGGAGCAGAUGAGGAAGAGGUCGGCCACAAUCAACCUCAGUGCCAAACCUCUGCCUUCCUUCUACGACAUUCCAGCUUCUGCUAGUGUGAACAUUGGCCAGCUGGAGCAGCAGCUCAUCCUUUCACUGGAGCCGCGCAGGAUCAGACAGAUCCUCAUUGAACUCCACGGCCUGGCUGAACGACCUUUCUGGAGGGUCAACAGCAAGUGGGAGGUUCCUCCAGACUACAUCAAUGUGAUCCUCGGCAUUAAAGACAACCUAACGAAGGACCUGGUUUAUAUCCUCAUGGCCAAAGGACUCCACUGCAUUUCUAUAAAGGACUUCGCCCAUGCACGGCAGCUUUUCUCAGCCUGUCUGGAGCUCGUCACAGAGUUUUCCCCAAAGCUGAGGCAGGUGAUGCUGAACGAGAUCCUGCUGCUGGAGGUCCGCGCACACGAGACGAUGGCGGCCGAGGGGAGCAAGGAGCGGCCGCCCCCUGAUUUGGUCAGCAGGGUCAGAGGUUACCUGGAGAUGAGGAUUCAUGAUCUGCCUCUACGUCAGGUGGUGGGAGAGGAGUGUGUCGCCUUCAUGUUGAACUGGAGGGAGAACGACUACCUGACUCUGCAGGUGUCACAGUCUCUGGUCAUGAACAACCCGUACAUCAAGCUUGGCCAGCUUCUGGCAUCCACGUGUAAGGAGCUUCCAGGUCCUAAAGAAAGUCGGCGCACCGCCAAGGAGCUCUGGGAUGUGGUGGUUCAGAUCUGCAGCAUCUCCAUCCAACACAAGAGGAACAGCGACGGCCGAAUUGGCCUCAUUAAACAGAGAGAGUCCUCCAUGGGCAUCCUGCACCGGAGCAAAUUCAUCACUUUCACCAAGAAAAUUAGAGAGCCGCUGGUGCUGACGACUCUGAUCUCACUGUUUGUGAGACUCCACAGUAUAGUCAGGGAUGACAUUGUAAAUGAAGUUACUGCAGAACAUCUCUCCAUCUGGCCAUCUUCUCUUCCAAACAUACAGGCGGUGGAUGUGGAAGCUGUGGCUGUGACAGUCAAGGAGUUGGUUUCCUAUGCUCUCACUCUAAACCCCAAUAACCAAUCAUGGCUCAUCACACAAGCCGACAUCUACUUUGUGACCAAUCAGUACUCUGCAGCUCUGAACCUUUACCUGCAGGCUGGAGCUGUGUGUUCGGACUUUUUCACCAAAGCCGUCCCCCCCGACAUCUACACUGACCAGGUUCUGAAGAGGAUGAUUAAAUGCUGUUCAAUGCUCAACUGCCACACACAGGUUGCUGUUCUGUGCCAGUUUCUGAGAGAAGUCGACUACAUGACAGCGUUCAAAGCGCUUCAGGAGCAGAACAGUCACGACGCCAUGGACUCAUUCUACGACUACAUCUGGGACGUCACCAUCCUGGAAUAUCUCACACAUAUUCACCACAAACGAGGAGAGACUGAGAAGAGACAAAUAGCAAUAAAAGCGAUUGGACAGACGGAGCUGAACACCAGUAAUCCAGAGGAAGUGCUGCAGCUGGCUGCGCAGAAGAGGAAGAAGAGAUUCCUGCAGGCGAUGGCCAAACUGUACUUUUAGUAAACACACAAACCACUGUCAGAUUUCACAGGGUGGGGAUGAAUAUUUUAUUUUGUGGUAACAAGUACAUGGUAAUUUGUAUUCUUUUCAUCUUUUGCAAUAAACUUAU